AUGAGUGCCACACAGCCGUCUUUUGCUCCCCCCGCCCCCCGUCCCGUUUUGUCACUUUUGAUCAUCAUGCCGGUGAGGAUUUCUCCGACUAUCCCACAUACGCCUAAUUGUUCCGCCGCCACGUGUCUUACCACAUGUCUUAUGCCGAUGCCGUUGACUCCGGUCUCAGUUACCGCAUAUUGGGUUGCCAAGGACACCACCAUUGGUUCUUGGAUAUGGAAUCUCCCUUCCGAAGUCGGUCUAACGGCUGGCCUCACGCUGGUCGACGAGAAUCUUCCCCUUUCUCCCCCCUCUUUCAUUUAUCCCUUCGUGGAGAAGUUUGGUCGACACUCUGAGGAUCCUCCAGAUCCAGAUCUGGCAUUCAGCACUCGCUUCUCAGGAUUUCCCUCUUCAUCCGUUCCAGAGUCGAUUCCUUCUUCCUCCGUUGUUCCCUAUGCGUCAAGGUUUAAGGCUUCUCUUAGGAAUCUAAGGAAAUUGGCUCCUCCUACCUAUCUUGAUGAUGGGACUCCAGUUGUCCAUGCUCCAGAAUCAGUUCUCCUCAAGGCUUAUGAAAUGUGGAAGGAACACAUUAUCACUCAAUUUCAUGGUCUCUUACCUCCAGCUUCAGUGGUGUAUGCCAAUCUGAACCCAUUUGGGGGAAAGUGUGGUAAUAUGACGAUGAGAAAGCUAUUGGACUAUGCGUGUCUCAUUCUUAUACCAUCAGUUGCUACUCGGGAUUGGGUGUUGGAAGUUGGGUAUUGGCAGGCGGGGAAUUGUGGGUUUAAUGUUUCUCCGUGGUCGGCUUCUGCUUCCUUAGUGCUCCCUGACCUGGUUUCAGCUCCAACAUGGGCGGUUCUGAAAAAUGUCCCACCAAUGUUAUAUUCUCUAGACGGUAUUAGUGUUAUUGCAAGCGCUAUCGGUGAUCCCCUACAUACUGAAAACUCUCGUCUGGAUGUGGUGAUUAUGGGAGCUACAAAAGUUAAGGUGGAAAUCAUGCUUGACAGCUCUCCUCCGGAAACUGUUAUUGUGAGAGAUCUCUGCGAAAUUUAG